AUGGGUGAUAAAGAAAAUAGAUCAUGGAAUGAUAUUAUUUCCGGUGAAGAAAUCAUUAUUUCUGGUAUUGCUGGUAGAUUUCCUAAUUCGGAUAAUAUGAAUCAGUUACGAGAAAAUUUAUUCAAUAAAAUUGAUCUUGUAAGAGAUCAUAGCCGAUGGGAAAUAGAACAUGCUGAGUUUUCAUAUCGUACGGGUACUGUUAAUAAUGUAAACAAAUUUGACGCGGAUUUUUUUGGAUUAUCUUUCGAGCAAGCACACACACUUAUACCCGAAACAAGAAUGUUACUGGAACAUUCUUAUGAAGCAAUUAUCGAUGCAGGAAUAAAUCCAAAGCAAUUACGAGGAAAAGAUACUGCUGUGAUCAUAGGAAUAUCUAUUAUUGAUGCACAAAAGAAAUUCCUAUAUGAAGAUUAUCAGUUAGAUGGUUUGAACAUUAUCGGAUGUAGCAAAGCUACAAUAGCAAAUAUGAUUUCAUAUUGCUUGGAUCUAAAAGGACCAUCUUAUACCGUCGAUACAGCAUGCAGUUCUAGUCUUUACGCCUUGGCUCUUGGUUACUAUUAUAUUAUGUCGGGAAAAUGCGAAGAUGCAAUAAUUGGAACCGCAAAUCUAUGUUUUCAUUCAAUUAUAAAUCUGCAAUUCACUCGUCUUGGUAUUUUGUCACCCGAUGGUUGUUGCAGACCUUUCGAUUCCGCUGGAAACGGUUAUUCACGUAGCGAAACCGUAGCAGUAAUAUACCUUCAAAAGGCGAAAAAUGCAAAGAGGAUUUAUGCCAUAUGUCCUCAUAUAAAAUUAAAUUGCGAUGGUUACAAAAAAGAAGGCAUAACAUAUCCAUCGAUGCAUAUGCAAAGUACUUUAUUAACGGAAUUUUACAAUGAAUGCGGAAUAUCAACAUCUUGCUUGGAUUACAUUGAAGCACAUGGUACCGGUACCAAAGCUGGCGAUUUUCAGGAAGUAAACGCUAUCUAUAAUGUUUUGUGUAAAAAUAGAAAAACUCCAUUAAUGAUUGGCUCUGUAAAAUCUAAUCUUGGGCAUGCUGAACCUGCGAGUGCUUUUAUUCAAAUCAUUAAGGCAAUAAUAGCAUUCGAAACCGGAUUUGUUCCACCAAAUAUCAAUUAUACGUCACCACGAAAUGAUAUAUAUGCCUUGAUGAAUGGAAGUAUUCGUGUUGUCCAAGAACUAAUGCCAAUUAAAAAUGGUUAUAUAGCAAUCAAUUCUUUCGGUUUUGGAGGAUCCAACGCUCAUACGUUAUUAAAGUGGAAUCGUAAACAAAAAGUUAAUAAUGGAGUACCGAAUGACGACUUACCUAGACUUGUAAUAUUAUCUGGGCGCACUAAAGAAUCAGUGAAAUUGUUUUUGAAUGAUAUUGCUAAUUACCCGAUAGACGUAGAAUACAUUCGUUUAUUACAUGACAUCCAUGCAGACAAUAUAGAAGGUCACCCAUGGAGAGGGUACACUAUAUUGAAUACUUUGCAACAAGAUUCAAUAGAGGAAAUUCAAAAUUGUGAGCGCAUGAAGAGACCAGUUUGGUUUAUAUUUUCAGCCUUAGGUUCACAAUGGCCAGGAAUGGGUCGAAAUUUAUUAAAAUUUCAUGUUUUUGCGAAAACGAUAAGAAAAUGCGAUGUUAUUUUAAAACCAUACAAUAUAAGCAUUACGGACAUUUUAACAAAUACAGAAGAAAAAAUAUGCGAAAAUGCUUUAAACGCGUUUCUUGGAAUCAUUGCUAUUCAGAUCGGUUUAGUAGAACUCCUAACAUCCUUAGGCAUUAUUCCGGAUUACAUAAUUAGUCAUUCCGGUGGUGAACUCGGUUGCGCGUAUGCAGAUAAAUGUCUCACCAUCGAACAAACUAUUUUAGCAGCAUAUUUUAUUAGUUUGGCAUAUGCUGAAGGAAAAAUAAUUCAUAUCUCAAUGGCGAUUGUCAAUAUCGAUUACGAGUAUCUUAAAAAUAUAUGUCCAGCGGAUAUUAAAAUAGUAUGCCGCAAUAGCAAGAACAACAGCAUCGUGAGUGGACUCACAGAAUCCGUACAAAAAUUUAUUAAAAAAUUACAGUUCCAUAAUAUUUACGUGAAAGAGAUCUACUGCAAAAGACCAUAUCACAAUUCUUAUCUCGUAUCAAUGGAAACUCAGCUUUUGUUUAAUUUAAAUAAAAUAAUACCACAGCCUAAAAAACGAACUCCAAAAUGGAUCAGUACUUCCAUUCCUCAUACUGAAUGGCUCACUUCAGGAAAAUUAUCAUCGGCAGACUAUCAUACACGUAGUAUACUAAAUACUGUUCUUUUUGAACAAACACUACAUCUAAUUCCGAAUAAUGCUAUUACUAUCGAACUCGCACCAUGCGGUGUUCUACAGCAUGUAUUGAAAGAAUCUUUGCAUCCAGAAGUGACAAACAUUGUAUUAACUCAACGAACUGAACAAAAUAAAAAUGUAAUUUUUCAAGGAAUUGGAAGGCUCUACAAUUGUGGCUUACAGCCGCAAGUUGCGAAUUUAUAUCCACCAGUGGAAUAUCCAGUUAGCAGAGGAACUGCUAUGAUUUCUCCAUCGAUCAGAUGGGACCAUUCCGAAGAUUGGUUUAUACCAUGCUGUAAAAAAUCUAUAAAAUCCAGAGAAAGAUAUAUUGAAAUUUUACUCGACGAUUUGGAAUACGAAUAUAUGAGCGGUUAUAUAAUUGAUGAAAAAAACUUACUACCUACGGCGAGUUAUCUUGUAUUCGUUUGGGAAACUAUUGGCAUGAUGAAAGGACAAAUGCAUACAACAAUACCGAUAAUUUUUCAAGAUGUAAAUUUUAUUCAUGCUAUCCAUUUAUCGAAACAUAAUGCUAUACAAUUAAAAAUUAUAAUUCAAAAAGAUGGAAAAUUUGAAAUAACCGAAGAAGAUAGAGUUGUUGUGAUAGGAACAGUGUACGAGACGUCAAAUCCCGAAAUGACUUCGACAGAUCUAUUAUGGGAGAAUGAUGAAGAAGAACAUAUGACUGCUCAAGAUAUCUACAAAGAAUUGAAACUGCGCGGUUACCAAUAUAGUUGCUGGUUUCGUGGAUUAAAGAGUGCCUCUAUAUCAGGCAAAAAAGGACAUAUUAUUUGGAGAAAUAACUGGAUAACGUUUAUAGAUGCCAUGUUACAGAUUAAUACUUUAGGAUAUGAUACUAGAGAUUUGUGUGUUCUUACGAGUAUCCAAAAAUUAGUGAUCAAUCCCAUGCUUCACAAUCAAAAGUUACGAAACAACACAAAUGAUGUAGAAGAAUUACAGGUACAAAUAUACAAAGAGAUAGACAUGAUUACAGCUGGCGGAGUAGAAAUACAAGGUCUUAAAGUCACUCAAAUUACUCGCCAGAAAUUAGCUCAAGAUGUUGUUACCGAAAUAUAUACAUUUGUAGCUCAUUGUGAUCGCGCUCAGAUUUGUUUAUAUGAAGCAAUUCGAAUAGCGGUGCAACUCGCAGUGGAAAAUCAUCAAAUUGUCAAAGUGAAAGCUGUCGAGCUAGUGGAAGAUGAAGAUGAUGUUGCAGUAGAAUGUCUCUCAUCUUCAUUGCUAGUUAAAGCAUUCGAUGAAACUCCAUUGAUACAAACGAAUAUCACUUUAUUAACAUCGCCGAAUCGUUUCAAUCCAGCAGACUUAUCGCCAAAUAUUUCAAUCGAAGAUUUCAAGAAAUCAUCUAUAAAUGACAAAGCUCUGAUAGUUGCUGGAUUCAACCUUUUGAGCAAAAAACAAUCUUCGUUAAAGCGACUAUUAUCAUUUCUAAGAGAAGAUGGUUACUUGUUAACGCGUGAAAAAUGUAACGUAAUUGACUAUAAGAAAUAUUUACAACAAUAUGAAUUAAAUGUUAUUCUUGAAAAGCGCACUGAUAAAGAAAUGAUUGUGCUUCUGAAAAAAAAAUUUUCUGUGAAAGAAAGAAUUAUUGUCUACAUAAACAAUGAUAACUUUAAUUGGCUAGAGAAUUUAAAGCAGCUUUUGAGCGAUGAGAACAAGCUCGAUAAGAAUAGCAGAAUUAUAAUUGUAGGAGAGGGAGAUUUUAAAUGUGGUUUAUUAGGUUUUAUUAAUUGCUUAAGAAAGGAAUCAGAUAGUGAACGUGUUAGGAGUGUAUUCGUUCAAGACGAAGAAGCUCCUAAAUUCUCUCUUCAAGAUCCUUUUUAUGUACAACAAUUAGAAAAAGAUAUGACCAUUAAUGUAUUGCGAGCUAAUAAAACUUGGGGAUCGUACAGAUAUUUAAAAUUAAUGCAAUCCGAAGCCAGACCUGUAUCUACCGCUCAUGUUUGUCAAAUGGUUCGGGGUGAUUUAAGUACAUUCUGUUGGAUAGAAAAUAAUCGAUCAAUCAUGUUUCGUCGUGAGGAUUUAGUGCACGUUAUCUAUUCAUCUCUGAAUUUUAGAGAUGUAAUGUUUACAACUGGUAAAUUAACAUCUCAUGAGGCGAUUUUAAAAGGACGAUUAUUUCAGUCUUUUCCUCUUGGAAUGGAAUAUGCGGGAUGGGAUGCUAAUGGACAACGCGUAAUGGGAAUUUGUGAUACUGAUUCUAUAGCAAACGUCGUUGUAAAAGAUAAAGAUCUGUGUUGGAAAAUACCCGACGCAUGGACAUUUGAAGAGGCGGCAACGAUUCCAUGUGUUUACAGUACAGUUUACAUGGCCUUAUACAUUUAUGGAAAAAUGAAAAAAGGCGAUAAAGUACUUAUACAUUCUGGAACUGGCGGCGUUGGACAAGCAGCUAUUCAUCUCGCUCUCAACGAAGGAUGCGAGGUGUUUACUACCGUAAGCACGGAAGAUAAACGGAAUUUUAUUAAAAAAAUGUUUCCCAUCAUUUCGGAUGGACAUAUUGGAAACUCUCGAGAUAUUAGUUUUGAACAAAUGAUAAUGCAGCAAACAAAAGAUCGCGGAGUCGACAUCGUGUUAAAUUCAUUGGUGGAAGAAAAAUUAAUCGCAUCCGUUCGGUGUUUGGCGCAAAACGGUCGUUUUUUAGAGAUUGGCAAAUUUGAUUUUGUUUCUAAUAAUCCUUUAAGUAGGUGCAUGUUUCAAAAAGGUAUUAGCUUUUAUGGAAUUAUGUUGGAGAAUAUAUUCACUGGUAAUCGCAAGUAUACGGCCCUAUUGUCCAAAAUGAUAGCCGAUGGUCUAAAAAAUGGAACAAUCAAACCAUUUCAAGUACUAAAAAUUUUUCCUAAAACAAAUAUCGAAGAAGCUUUUAGGUACAUGGCGAAUGGAAAGCAUAUGGGAAAGAUAAUGAUAAAUAUUCACGAAAAGGAUGAACCUUUUAAUAAGCAUAUUCUCGCAUAUCGUCGCUAUUAUUGUCUCAGAGAUAGGAAUUACAUUAUACUAGGAGGUCUGGGCGGAUUUGGCUUAGAAUUAACCGACUGGCUUAUAUUUCGUGGUGCCAGAAAUGUCAUUCUGAUUUCAAGAAAUGGAAUAAAAAACGGUUAUCAACGUAUGAAAAUUCGAUUAUGGAAGUCAUAUGGUGUAAACGUUUUGAUUAUCAAGAAUAUUGAUGUUGCUGAUUUGAAAGAUUGCGAAUAUCUUUUACGAACUGCGGAAAAAGAAGCACCGGUAGAUGCAAUAUUCAAUCUUAGUGUAGAGCUGAAGGACAACGUCCUCAAGAAUCAAACAGCAGAAACAUUUGCAGUACCCUUCCAACCGAAGGCUCGAGCAACGCAAACGUUGGACACACUUUCUAGGAAAAUCUGUCUGAAACUGCGGCAUUUUGUAGUAUUUUCUUCUGUUUCUUGCGGCAGAGGAAACGUUGGACAGACUAAUUAUGGUAUGGCCAACUCCAUCAUGGAAAGAAUUUGCGAGAAGAGAGCGGAAGAAGGAUUACCUGGAUUGGUGAUUCAGUGGGGAGCUAUUGGUGACGUGGGUCUUAUCGGAGACGUGCAGAAGAACAAUAAGGAAAUAAUUAUCAAUGGCACUUUACGGCAAAAGAUAUCAUCUUGUCUCAACGAGCUCGAUAAGUUCUUACUUCAAAGCUGGCCGAUUGUGAGCAGCAUGGUUCUAGCUGAAAAAACAAUGAGAUGUGGAAGUCUAAUAGAAACAGUUGCUAAUAUUUUAAAUCUAAGUAACAUAAAGGCUAUAAAUCCAAAUUCAUCUUUGAUCGAACUUGGAAUGGAUUCUGUGAUAAUCAUAGAAAUCAAACAAACUCUGGAACGAGAAUUUAAUAUAUUUUUCACAGCAAAAGAGAUAAGAAAUCUUACUUUCGGGAACUUUAUAAAGAUGUCCGUUUAAUAUUCGAAUAAAAAUGUAUGAAAAUACUUAUUCGAAUAUACUU